CAAUAAUCGUUAGUGGUUAUUUGCAGGUCCAACACAUAAUAGUGCCAGGACAGUACAUAUUACAUUCAAAAUGAAAUCUUUAUUCGUAAUUUUGCUAGUAGUUGCGGGAGCUUUAGCUCAAUUCAAUCCACAUUUUGCGGCAAACAGAAACGGCAUUGUCCAUUUAUUCGAAUGGAAAUGGGCUGAUAUUGCUGCAGAAUGUGAACGAUUUUUGGCACCAAAUGGUUUUGCUGGAGUGCAGGUAUCACCAGUGAACGAAAACAUUUUAGUCAACAACCGUCCAUGGUGGGAAAGAUAUCAGCCGAUUUCGUACCAACUUACUACUAGAUCCGGUAAUGAGGCCCAAUUUCGAAAUAUGGUCACACGUUGUAACAAUGUGGGAGUUAGAAUUUAUGUCGACGUUAUUUUGAAUCAUAUGUCUGCUGACAGUGCCAAUCCAAUAGGAACUGGAGGAAAUAGAGCCGAUCCAGCAGCUAGAAGCUUCCCAGCUGUUCCAUAUUCAGUUACCGAUUUCAACACUCCAUGUGGCAUUUAUGAUUAUUCAGAUCGUUACCAAGUGCGCAACUGUGAAUUGGUUGGGCUUCGCGAUUUAAAUCAAGCUGUACCAUGGGUACGUGAUCGUCUUGUUGAAUUUUUGGAUAAAUUAGUUGAAAUUGGUGUAGCUGGCUUCCGCGUUGAUGCCGCUAAGCAUAUGUGGCCUGGAGAUUUGGAUAUCAUUUACCGCAGAGUAAGAAAUUUAAAUACGGCUCAUCACUUCCCAGCUAAUGCUCGUCCGUUUAUUACUCAAGAGGUUAUUGACCUUGGUUUUGAAGCUAUCUCAGCAUCGGAAUACACUCACAUGGGCACAGUUACUGAAUUCAAAUAUUCCGCUGAGAUCGGAAGAGUCUUCCGUGGACACGAUCAACUUAGAUGGCUUCAAAAUUGGGGAACUGGAUGGGGAUUCUUACCUUCCCAUGAAGCUUUAGUUUUCGUCGACAAUCAUGAUAAUCAGCGUGGACACGGUGGUGGCGGAGCUAAUGUCUUAACUUACAAGGAAUCCAAACAAUAUAAAAUGGCAACUGCUUUCAAGCUUGCUCAUCCUUUCGGAAUCAAACGAUUGAUGAGUUCUUUCGCUUUCAGUCAUAGCGAUCAGGGACCACCACAAGACGCAAACGGCAAUUUGAUUUCACCUUCAAUUCUUGCCGACGGUACGUGUGGCAAUGGCUGGGUGUGUGAACAUCGUUGGAGACAAAUUUACCAGAUGGUUGAGUUCAGCAAUGUCGUAGGAACGGUUCCCAUAUCAAACUGGUGGUCUAACAACAACAACCAGAUUGCAUUUGCUAGGUCCGGUCGCGGUUUUAUUGCGUUCAAUAAUCAGGCCGAGACACUCAACGCCAAUCUUCAAACAUCACUGUCUGCUGGCAGAUAUUGCGAUAUUAUAUCGGGACGUAAUAAUAAUGGAGUCUGUACUGGUAUUGCUAUUGAUGUUGCCGCUGGCGGAACAGCACAAAUCACUCUUCCUAGUUCGGCUUAUGAUGGUGUCAUUGCUAUUCACGUAGGAGCACAGUCAAGAAUUUAAGAAUUUGUUUGAAGAUACAAUUAAUUAAAAAAAAAAACAAAAAAAA